AUGGCAGACGCGCCGAAUACCCAGGACGAGCUCUACCCCAUCGCCGUCCUCAUCGACGAGCUCAAGCACGACGAUGUCCUCCUACGCCUCAAUGCCAUCCACCGCCUCUCCACCAUCGCCCUCGCCCUGGGCGCCGAGCGCACGCGUGAGGAAUUGAUUCCCUUCCUCGACGAGUCCGUCGAGGACGAGGAUGAGGUGCUAGUCGCUCUCAGCGGCGAGCUGGGCAACUUCAUCGAGUACGUCGGAGGCGCCCAAUGGGGUCAUGUCCUCCUCUCCCCCCUCGAGAACCUCGCUGCCAUCGAGGAGCCCGUCGUGCGGGACAAGGCCGUCGAGUCUCUCAACAAGAUCUGCGAGGAGCUGUCCUCCCAGCAAGUCGAAGAAUACUUCAUCCCCUUGACCAUCCGACUUUCAAAAGCAGACUGGUUCACCUCCAAGGUGUCUGGCUGCGGUCUCUACACAUCGCCCUACAAGAAGGUGUCCCCGGGCAUUCAAGAAGACCUCCGAAAGCAGUUUGGACAGCUUGUCCACGAUGAGACACCCAUGGUCAGACGCCAAGCAGCCACUAACCUGGCAAAGUUCGUCAAGGAGAUGCCGGCCGCUAUUGUUGUUGAAGAGAUGAUACCCCUUUUCCAGCACCUCGCCCAGGAUGAUCAGGACAGCGUCCGCUUACUUACCGUCGAGAUCCUCAUUUCCAUCGCCGAGGUCGUGCCCAAGGAGCAGCAGUCGAGUCACGGCGUUCUCCUCACUUCUCUGCGAAACCUGAUCGAGGACAAGAGCUGGAGGGUUCGGUACAUGAUCGCGGACAGAUUUGAGAAGAUUUCCAAGGCUGUUGAUGAGGAGGUCGUCUCAAGGGAUCUGGUGCCGUCUUUCGUUAAGCUCCUCAAGGAUAACGAGGCAGAAGUCCGGACCGCGAUUGCUGGACAAAUACCUGGAUUCUGUGCUCUGGUUGACCGGACUGUCCUCCUGAAUGACAUCAUGAGCAGCGUGGAGGAUCUCGUUUCCGACACGUCCCAGCAUGUCAGAGCUGCUCUCGGUACUCAGAUCAGCGGCCUUGCGCCCAUCUUGGGAAAGCAAGAAACUAUCGACCACCUUCUGCCCAUGUUCUUGCAAAUGCUGAAGGAUGAAUUCCCCGAAGUUCGCCUCCACAUCAUUUCCAAGCUUGAGCUGGUCAACCAGGUCAUCGGAAUUGACUUGCUCUCCCAGUCUCUUUUGCCCGCCAUUGUGCAGCUUGCCGAGGACAAGCAGUGGCGUGUGAGACUGGCCAUCAUCGAGUACAUUCCCCUCCUUGCCAGCCAGCUCGGAGUUAAGUUCUUCGAUGAGAAGCUGAGCAAUCUCUGUAUGAGCUGGCUGGGCGAUACCGUCUUCUCAAUCCGUGAGGCGGCGACACACAACCUGAAGAAGCUCACCGAGGUCUUUGGAGUCGAAUGGGCGAGUGAGGCGAUCAUUCCCAAGGUCAUGGCCAUGGGCAACCACCCCAAUUACCUCUACCGAAUGACAACCGCCUUUGCCAUCACCACCCUUGCUUCGGUUGUGAGCCUUGAUGUCAUUGCUGACAAGAUCCUGCCCAUGUUGGACAAGCUCGUCGACGAUGAGAUCCCCAACAUUCGCUUCAACGUCGCCAAAACAUAUGGCGUUCUGAUUGACGUCCUUCGCCGUUUGCCCGAAGAGGGUACGAUUUAUUCCCUUGAGAAGGAGGGCGGCGCCUUCACCGCGUCUCCCAGAGGCAUGGAGCUGAUCCAGACACGCGUCAUCCCUAAGCUCGAGAAGCUGCAGAAGGAUGACGACGUCGACGUGCGGUACUUUGCGACAACGUCUGCGAACCAAGUGUCUGGACCUUCUGGCGAGCCUAUGAAUACAUCACCAUAG